UUUAUAUGGAAGGCCGACCUCUCGUUUGCAACUUCACUUUACUACGCUUUCAGAUAUACCGCGCUAUUCAAUACAAUCAUGAUAUUGCUUACUCAGAUUGCAUGGACAAGUUGGCAAUCUAUUUCGGUGACAUCUUCCUUGCAACAAAUGGCUAUUCGGCUUGGUUCUCUUGUCCGCAAUGAUCGCUCUAGUCAUCUCCCGUGUGCCUUUCAGAUUGUCGGCAAUUAUACAUUAUUUGAAAGGUGUGUGCCCGCAAUCUUUACAGUCGAUAUUGAUUAUUCUAACAUGCGCUUAGUUGUGCGCAUGACAUUCUCACGAACAUCUGAAUCGCAUAUCUUAAUCGUAUACGCUACAGUGAUGAUGGCUGCAACAGCCGCCUCACUCGUGUCUGAUGGUUUGGUCUUAACGUUGACA